GGCGGAAGUGGCGGCCUGGCUGUCAUGGUGGCGCGGGUGGUGGUGGCGCGGGGGUCGUGGCAGCGCCUGGUUCCCGCGGCGCUGUGGGCGCGGCCGCGCCGCCUGCAGCAUGAGGCGCAACCCGAGCGCUCGGAUCAGCCCAUACAAAUGGAAAACCCCUAUAAAGACCCUCCAAAGAGAUGUGUCUUAUGYGGAAUAAAUGUGGACUAUAAGAAUGUGCAGCUUCUUUCCCAGUUUAUUUCUCCAUAUACUGGCUCCAUUUAUGGCAGACAUAUCACAGGCUUGUGCAACAAGAAGCAGAAGGAAAUUACAAAAGCCAUUAAAAGAGCUCAUGUAUUUGGAUUUAUGCCAGUUAUGUUUAAGAACCCACAAUUUCUCACAGACCCCAAGCUAUGUAAUAUCAAGUAUCCAGAGUAAUCUACUGUAAAGAAAUACACAAUAAAACUGUUUCAUGUUUAUAAA